GGAAUAUACAUAUGGCCAUUACAUGAAUACUGAAGACAAGACUGCUUUCUACAAGCGUAUGGGAACGUACACAGCCAUAGGAAUCUUUCUCAUAGUAGCGGUUUUGGGGUUCGUUUACUUCGCAACCGGCACGGAACCGUACAACAGCGAGCUGGACGACCGCGAAACAGCGGCACCUGGCGGUGCAAGAAGGGGUGCCGAAAAAAAGGAUCGCAAGGUCUCUGCCGCAGUUCAAACCACCACAAUCAGGACGAGCACGACACCCAGUGGUCCGCCAGAUUCCAUGAGUCGCCCCCUGCUGUGCCACUACAGUUCCAGGGCUGGACGAAGCACAGCCUUCCCCGAGGACGGCUUAUGCGACAUCAUCUACCAUAUCCACCUGGACGUCGACCACGUCUUCAGCACGGACCCCACAGCGUGGAACUUUAAGGACCAGCUCUCGGUCUUCCUGGAAAAUGCACGCGAAGCUGUGAAGACCAUGUACGGGGUAUCCAUAUGGUACAAGAGAGGCCGUUUCACCCUGAAUCGCCUUCAGACAGCAGAGGGUCAAAAGGCAUUGGGGGCCCUGUGGGACAUGAAUGUGAAACACUACGGCAUGCUUCGUAUAUUUGGCAGCCUGCAGGAAAUCGGCGACAUUCAAGCCACCCACCUGAAACUUCUCAAGACAUUGCGAGUAAUGCAACGCAAGCUGAGCGAGCAAACCCAGGAUCGUCGCUAUCACUACCUGGCUUUGGGCCUCCAGCUCGACUACUCCGAAUGGGAGCGCCACAAGCGGGCUUUCGUGGCUAAGCUCUCGGAAAUCACGACGCAGUUCCCGGUGGACCUGUUCAUCCUGCGGAGCCACAUGUAUGUGUUCCAUCCCGAAGAACAGUGCAGGGUUCAUGGACCAGCACUCUGGCACAAGUCUUUCAACAGUCACCUACCUUCCUUGGAAGCCGCAGCAAAGAUACUGAACAUGACCGCCAUAUCGCACCAAACGAUAGUCCUGCUGUCUCUGACACUCAGCAGCAUGCUGUACAGUGUACCGGGCCUGCAAGAAUCGAAGAAAGUUAUUGGAGCUCGCUGCAGCAACUUUACAACGGCGUAUGAACAUCAGACCUGUAAUCUACCAGCGGGAUUCAGCCUUCCAAAGAAGGACGAGGCAGGUCAAGUGAUGUAUUCAGUCAACAAAGAUAAACGCCUGGUGUAUACCUGGGACACUAUCAAGACUCUGCAGGCCAAGAUGAAUCAGACUUUCCACGCAUACGACAGACAACGCUUCGGCUUUGCUGCUUUGAACUUCAUGUACGAGGACUACAGCAAUGUCUGCAACGACACUGUGUUCGGCAUGGGUUUCCACAGGCUCAGAGCCAUCCGAAAGAUGCUCAAGAGCGUGGCGUAGAAGAAGACCUCCUCUUGUAACGACACAAAUACAGUCUGUCCUCGAAUAAUUCUCUGUACCUUCACAGGAUAUAGGCAGCAUGAUUCCACAA